UGUGAGCUGCAGGGUUGAUGGGAGCUUGGAGGAGGAGUCCCAAAGAGCGUGGUCCUGCUCUCAUCUCACAGCUCUCAGGUCCUUCUUUGUCCUCAGCUGCAUCAGAACACCACUUCUCCUCAGGUUGAGCAGAGGAAACACGGCUGAACAAAAUGCUUUUCCUCCCAGCUGCUGCUCUGUGCUGUCUGUGUUCAGCACUGGUUGCCAUGGCCGCAGAGCUGAUUCAGGAUGAUCUAACAUUGACCGGAAGGGUUGGUCAAUACAUCACAUUUAGUUGUGGGCUAGUUGAGCAGUGUUACCCUGAUUACGUAUUAUGGUGGCAGAAGAAAGAAACAGAAACAUUUAAAAAAAUUGUUCAUUUUUAUGGACGUGACUGCAAAAUAAAAAAAGAUUAUGGUCAUCCCCAGGAAGAGGAUUUCUUAUCUAAGAAAACUCUGAGUGGAUGUGAAUUAAAGAUCAACAGACUAAAAGUGGAUCAUUCAGCCUCCUACUACUGCAGCUGCAGGAGGUAUGAGUACUCCAUCUUUGGAUCUGGAACUAGACUGUUUGUAACGGAUGAGUCCGUAGUGAAGCCCGUGGUGAGCGUGUACCCAGCAGCAUCCAGAGUCCAUGUGGAGGGGAGCAGCUCCCUGCUGUGUCUGGCCUCAGCCAUGUUUCCUCCUGUGGUCCAGUUCUCCUGGAAAAGACAGAAGAACAACGGACCACUGGAGGACCUGACCUCUGAAGAGCAGCUGGAUCUCAGAGAGUCGGGACGCAGCGCCUCCAUCCUGCUGCUCCAUCAGCAAGAGGACAGCUCCUAUAAAUACAUCUGCUCCAUCAAACAUGAGGGGGGCACAGUGGAGGCCCAAACACAUCAAGAGAUUCCUGCUGCAGGUUCCUCUGUUCCUCCUCUGGAUCUGGUGAAGCUGUCCUUCCAGUCUGAGUGCAGGGUGAAGCUGCUCUGCCUGCUGUACUCAGUGCUGAUAGUGAAGAGUCUGGUGUACUGCUGUGGACUCUCUCUGCUGAUGAUCCUCAGAAACAAGGGAGCAUCCACCAACUCCAGACAUGCUGAAUGACUGUUUUCUGCUCGUCUUUUAUGAUCUUUCACAGCUCUCCAAUGCUCUUUGUGACUUGGUGUAGAUCAGUCUAUGUCAGUAGCUGCCUUGUGAGGAUGUUCUGUUUGGCCACACUGUUCCAUAUUCUCCACAUGUAUCAACAAGAUUCUCAAUAAACACAAAGAGAGCC